AUGAAGAAUCAAUCAGGACCAGUAGCUACCAUAGUAGGGCUGAUACUACUUUCAACCUCCUCCUCUCCGAGUCAUAAUUACAAAUCUAUUAAUUAUUAUUAUAAGAGUUUGAUAAUUUAUUUAAUAUUUACGAUUUUUCAAAGUUUAAUAACAGUACAUGCCCAACAAACAUUUCCACCAACGUUAAAUUAUCAAGGCUAUCAACUACUCCUUUCCAAGAAUCAACUCCUCAUCAGAGCAACUACCUCCACUCUACUCACUUCCAAUAAUUUGGGAGCAAGUCUUUCAUCACCAUCCGAAAUUCAAGGUGGUUUUGUCAUUCAGAAUACUGUGUUUUAUGUACAGAAUGUUAUUGGAGGAAGUUUUGAAUUGGUAACUACCACUACUAGUGGUACAAAUAGUUCGAGUGUUGUUACAUCCUUUUCUUCAGAGGCUAUUCAACAGGGAAGAGUUUACUUUGUGCCAAAUGUUGGAUUGGAUAUUAAUUUGAAACCUUCGUAUAGUGUUUGGGCUCAAGGCUUGUUGGUCAAUUCAUCUACCUUACUUAGUGUUGCAUUGUUAAAUAGUACAACAAUUUCGAGUGCUCAAGUGACCUUUACGAGAUGGAAUACAGGAUUGAUUGGAGCUCCAAAACCAGUUGUGUUCAAUAGGUCAAAUUCAACUCACGUCAUUAUUGAAGUGAACAUGUUCAAGAGAAAUAUCGAUGGACCUCCAGCUUCUUCCUUUAUGGUUGGUCUAGCCAACAGUGCUACUUGUACCAGUGAUUAUAAUACUGUAUUGAACUCUCUGUCUGAUGGUUUUGUAAAAAGUGCAGAGACUGAAACGUAUCAGACCUUUGUCCUCAUUCAGACAAUUGCUGCUCACUUGGCCAAUCCAAAUGUUGUCAAGAUUUCUAAGGGAAUUUACAUUGAUGUUAGGGUUUCUGUAUUUAUGACUUAUAUGAUUACAAAUCCAGGCAGUUCAUGUCAGAGAAUUCAAUAUACGGAAGAUUUAAUUACUCAAGCCAAUUUGAUAGCUCAACAGAAUGGUAAUUCUAAUACUCCUCAAAUGAGUCUCACUCCAACACGAUUGAUAGUUUCAGAUUCGAGUCAGUUGCUACUUUCACUUCUUCUCACUGUUACUGGUUUGAAUACUGCAAAUUUAUUCAAUUGGCAACUCACUGGUCCUAAAGCAUUCACUCUCAAUUAUCCAAUUUUGGCUGAUGUCCAAGGAGAUACCAAAUAUUGGCAAUUUUCAUUCGCAUCCAACUCUGUAUCAGAUGGUGAGGAUUUUAGUGGAACGUAUACAUUUAAAUUCGAGGCACAAGUGAGUGGUGAAGCUACAUCAAAAUUUUACCAGCUCUCAAUUACUCUGCAAUAUUCUAUACCAGAUGGUGAAGGUGUUUCAGGAGGAGGUGGAUUACCAUUCGACACUGAAAUUAACACUUAUUAUGAUAAUAAUUUUGGUACAAAUCAACCCCAGACUCAGAUCAAGAAGACACAGCAAGCAUUUAUCAAAGUUUCCACAGUGCUCAUUUCAACAUCGUUGGGUACUGUCUCACCAAUUCCAAGUUCAAAACAAAUUGCGCCAUACAACAUAUUUAUUUGUUGCACCAAGAAUUUCCAGGCAAUGCCAUCCAAUCAAUGUAGACAAUACGAUGCAACCGUCAUGACCUACCAGAAACAGCUGAUGAUCAAUGGAACGAUAAGUUCAGACUCUGAUGUUGUUUCUAAAUUCAAACUGAAAUCUCCAGAGACUAUUAAAGGAAUCACAGAUUGGGGUACUCUCAGACACAUUUAUGCAUUCAGUAUGUAUAUGACUGCUCUUGUAACAGGAGUGGAUAAGAGAUGCUAUCUUGCCAUAGAUACCUAUUUGGUGAAUGCUGACCUACCAGUUCUUAGAGGUUUGCAAGCUAACACUCUCUCUGCAGCCUCUAACAUUUCUACCUCAACCAGAGCUUUUGAUUUGAUUGAAGUGAUUGCUGCAACUUCAUCCUCCAAGAAACCACAAAAGAGUGUGCAUGCAUCUGCAUCGAAAAAGAACGGAUUUGGCUCUGUGGACUACAUUUGUGAUAGCAGUGCUCCAUCUACCAUGAGGUAUAAUUACCACAUUGUAGUUGUGAUAAUCUUUACUUUGAUAUUGGUAAACGUUAUCACUUAA